ACAAGAUCCGGGUAGCUGCUGAACGUCAAACGCCUGUUGUUCAGGGUAAAGCGGAUCUAUCGGAACAUGAAAUGAGUAGAUAAUCAUUCAAAAUCCUGCUUUCUCACUAUUGGGGCUGUGUGGGAGGCAUUAUAUGGGUUAUGGACGGACAGAUAAAACAGCAGCAUCACAGAGAAGGAGAGGAAGAAGCUGGACAAAGUCAUCAGGAAGUCCAACUCAGUUCUCGGCUGUUCUCUGGACUUGAUGCGGGAGUUAUGUGACCAAAGAGUCCUGGCAAAACUGACAUCCAUGCUGGACCAUGAGUCACACCCCUGCAGGAUGCGCUGUCUGCUCUGGAGAGCAGCUUCAGUGACACAUUGAUCCAUCUUCACUGUGCAAAGAGGAGAUAACACAGGUCUUUCCUCUCUGCUGCUGUCAGGCUUUACAAUGAACACAUGUAAACUGUGUUUACAUAUUUAUAUACAUGUUUAUGUACAUAUUUAUAAACUGUACAUAUUCACCCUGUCAGACCAUAUGCUGUACAUAUACAUAUCACCUGUAUGCUGCUUACUGCACCUAUACUGCUGCAACAAAGCAAUUUCCCCACUGAGGGACUAAUAAAGAUUUUCUUGUUCUUAUUCUUAUAACCUAAACAUUAGCACUCAGAGAGCAUAUCAGUUGCCAAGAAAAGUGUUUCACAUUUUAAUGGAAGUUAUCCUCUCAGGCUGUAUCUGACGAGGACACAAUGUCUUCUGCCUCUGUUGGGAUGUCGGAUUUGUCUGAUGAGAUCCUGCUGUGUAUUCUCCGUCAUGUCCCAGUAUGUGACCUGCUGGCGAAUGUGGCAAAUGUGUGCCAAAAGUUGCACACACUAUGUCGAGACAAGACCCUGCUCACAAAUGUCAGAUUGUCUGAAGAAUAUCAGGCUGAUGAUCAGUUGGUCCGUCACGUACUGAAGCAGCUAGCCAAUCAUGUACAGUCUCUUAGCCUGAAUGGCUGCUACUGGCUGUCUGGUUCCACCUUGGAGCAUCUUGCACGCUGCAGAGGGGUGACACAUCUCGAUGUAACCGGCUGUCGCCUCACCUCCCUUUGCCUAUCACGCCUUCUGUCCUCGCUGUCUUCACUCAGAUCCCUUGCUUUUGAUGUGAGGCCAUGCUUCAACUCUGCUCUGCUUAGUUCAGAGGCAGUGGAUUCACUGAGCCGCCUGACGGAGCUUAGACAGACGCUCUUCACGCCGAGUUAUGGUGUGGUGCCAUGCUGUGCCCAACUUCGCAGGCUAAUGUUGCAGUUUGACAUCCCUGAUGUGACCAGAGAAGGUGUAGGUGUGUGCUGUCAGUUAAUGGUUGGCCAGAGCAGUGUGCCACAUUAUGAACAGCUAGAGGAGUUCACUGCUAGGCUGGCUCCAGGAGAGGUAAACCAGACAUUGCUCCUUCUCUACCUGGCAGUGUUCAGUGUUCACAUUCCAAAGCAUCUCAGGAUUUUCCUCGUGUCAAUUCCUGGUCCGAACCCAGCUCACUGGCCGGCAGCCCCCUCUUUGGCUCAGAGCUUGGGUCAGCGAGGAGACCUGGUAGCCCUGCAACUCCCUCGGUCCUGGCUGGAUUCUUUGUCCUUAAAGCUAGCUUUGGAGGGAAACAGCCCCAAGCACCUCAGCUUCAGUCGCUGUCCCGCAUUGUGGCCCCAGGUUUUCCAGUCGCUGCUGAACGGAGGAGUCCUAGAUGCCACGCAGCUGGUUAGCCUAAACCUUAGUGGGAUUAACCAUGUUCCCUACUCUGAGUGCAGGAGUGUGGAAGAUCAGCUGGUUGCCAGGACAAUGAGCCAGUUGGCUGUCACCUGUGCCAACAUUAAACACCUGAAUCUGAUGCACACCCAUUAUCAUCAUGAACACUCACCAGGGCUGGAUGGAGAGGCACAUCUGUGUUCCAGUUUGGGAAAAUUUAGGCAUCUGCGUGCUCUCACUCUGCCUGUCUGUGCUUUGUCUGAUGGUUUGAAUACAAACCACAACACAACACACAAUAUGGCUACUUCUCCAUUGUUUCAGGGGUUAAAGAAAGCUCCACGUGUGGGCCUUCUGAAUUACAAACCUGAUUCAGAGCCUUCUCUGUCAGGGGAUAGCACCUCAGGACUGGCUCUGCUUGUAGCUGGCUGUCCUUUUUUAGAGACCUUUGAGCUCAUCGGUCCAGGUUUUGCCUCAGCACUGCCUCGGCUAGAGCCUUGUACUCGUGCCAGUGUGGAGCCUCGUGGUAUGUGCGCUUGGGCUCGAGGAGUUGGUGAUGCGCACUUAGCAACACUGGAUGCUUUUGCUCGAUUGCGUUGUGUGACUCUGGCUGGACUUCCUGGAGUUCUUAGGGGAACAGGACUGGUACAGCUGGCCAGACAGUGCAGAGACCUGCGAGUGUUAUCACUCGCCAAUCUGGGGUCGCUGAAAACGAUGAACUACACAGCUGCCUUGCUGGACACACUGAAGCAGUGCACACAGCUGCAGGAACUCAGGUUAGAGCAGCCAUAUCUGAAUGCCAAUGCAUCGUUCUUUGAGGCUCUGUCCUGCUGCUGUCUUCUGCAGCGUGUCUGCCUUAUCUCACGCAGCGGCACCUUUGACGCAUCAGCCACAGAGACCUUCAUGGAGCAGUGCAGCCAAGUCAUCAUGUGCCAUAUGUUCAUGGGGGGCACUUUGGUAGCUUGUCGGACACUGCAGAAAGCUCUGCUUGAAAGAUUUUCAGCUGAGCGCUCUGCUCUCAGCGUGGUCAUCUAUCCAUUACAACACGAGGAUCUGCCUUCAGUUAUCAGAGGUAUUCCUCUGUCACUGCUGGAUCGGAUAACUUUAUUUCAGAGCCACGUGGCACAACCACCUCAUUUAUCACCGCUGUGAUAUCAGCAGAACGAUUCGGUGUGAAUGCUUCUGGAAGUAAAAUUUACAAAUAUAAGAGACUGCCAAAUUGUCAUUUGCUGUCACAUUUCUGAUUGUGUGCUACAUCAGCAACCAUUUCAGGCUGCUCUCCAAACGUACAUCAGCUAUACACGUUUACAUUUGCACUACACAAUUAUUUUUUUUAGAGGGAAAUGUACACACUCAGGCUUUAGAAUUUGGUUUAUUGUUUCAGGAUUUUUCACAUUUGGUGCCAGAUCUGGUCUGUAAAUGAAGGUGUAAUAAAGUCCUAUAAUUUCUUUUAAAUAUUGCCUAUGUAUGAUUUUUCUGCUCUGUAUUGAUUUAAAAGUAAUACAGGACAAAUACUAAAGGUUUC